AUGACCUCGAACAACAAUGACGCUCCCAAGCCCGCUGAGGCUGCGGAGCCCCUACCAACAGAGCAAAAUGCCGACAACAACCAACCGGCCGACAACAUCUUCCAGAUCACCGUCAAGCUACCCCAUGAGCCCUUCCAGACACGCAUCACUAUCUCGCCGCAGGAACAGGUCCAGGACCUCCGCCAAUCCAUCAUCGAGACCCCUCAGACCUUCCAGUAUUCCUGCUUCCACCUCGAAUUCGAGGGACAGAGGAUCAAUGACUUCAUCGAGCUCUCCGAAGUCCCGGGGCUGAAGGCCGAUUCCGAGCUGACUUUGGUUGAGGAUCCCUAUACCGAGAAGGAGGCCCGCAUGCACGUCAUUCGCAUCCGCGAACUCGUCGGUGCCGCGGGGGAUCGUACCGAUACCCUACAUGGUGUCAUGGCUGGCUUGUCCCUGCACGAUACGGUAGGCUUGGAUGAGUCCGGAAAGCCGACGGCCACGGAGCAGACUGCCCUUGCCGACUACGACUUCAAAGCGCCGGCGUCUGUCAAGCACCUCCUCCCCCCGCCUCAGGAGCCGGCUCCUAAGACCGUCAAAUCCAUUUCCGUCUCCCCUUGGAAUCCGCCCCCAUACCACCUGCGCUCCAAGGGCCACCUACUCUAUCUCAUCGUUACUACCAACGAGGGUGAUCAGUACCAGAUCACUUCCCACGUCGGUGGUUUCUACGUCAACAAAUCCUCCAACGCCAAGUUCGACCCGUCCCCUCGACAGGCACCUCGGGAUCACGCCGCCCAUUCGCUGCUAACUGUUAUCUCUGCCAUUUCUCCAUCUUUCGAUGCAGCUUUCAAGGAAUUGCUCGAGUACAAUGCGAAGAAGGAUCUCCUUACCAUUUUCCAGCUUUCUAAUGCUAUCCCUGCCAACCCUUGGCAGGUACCUGCACCAAAUUCCUCGCACACUACGCAUCAGUCGGAUCUUGCAAGAACCCAGGAGAGCUAUCUCAUUUCAGGCAUGGAUAAUGCGGAGACCCUGCGUGACUGGAACGAGGAGUUCCAAUCAACUCGUGAGAUGCCCAAGGAGGCUGUCCAGGAUCGCGUGUUCAGGGAGCGUCUGACUUCUAAGCUCUUUGCCGACUACAACGACGCAGCCACCCGUGGCGCUAUGCUUGUAGCGCGAGGUGAGAUUGCGCCCUUGAAUCCAACUGAAGCCAAAGAUGCUCAGAUCUUCGUCUACAACAACAUCUUCUAUUCUUUCGGUGCCGAUGGUGUUGGUACUUUCACCACGGAAGGCGGUGACGAAGCUGCUCGGGUUGCAGUUGGCAAGGAUGUGGUUGGUGUACGUGCUGUGAAUAACCUGGACAUACCAGGCCUAUUCACCUCAGGGACUGUGGUAGUCGACUACCUUGGUAAGCGUAUUGUGGGUCAGAGCAUUGUUCCGGGCAUCUUCAAACAGAGGGAUCCGGGCGAGCAUCAGAUUGACUAUGGUGCGGUGGAAGGCAAAGAGAUUGUAGCAGAAGACAAGUCGUUCGUGCCUUUGUUCGAGCAGCUCUCCAAAGCGUUACGCGUCAAGAGACACCCUGUGUGGGACAAGGAUAACGUCCGGCAUGAAUUGGAGGGCAGCGUAGAGACCAAGGGUCUCAUUGGUACGGAUGGAAGGCGCUAUGCGCUGGAUCUGUACCGACUGACUCCGUUGGAUGUUGCAUGGAUUGAAGAGUACUGGAGCGAGCCAAAGGAGGGCGAGGAGCGGCCAAAGGAUAAGAACUAUCCCCACCGUAUGGCAACCCUUCGUCCUGAGCUCGUCGAAUCGUACGGACGCCUCAAGCUUCGCGAAUACGUCAAGGAGGAGUUGGAAAAGAAGGCUGAGUCCAAGAAGGCCGAGAAGGAGGAAGAGAAGAAACCAGAGGCGGACGGCACCAGCGAGUCGGCGGGUGACGAGAAGGAGGAUGCGUCUCAGGCGAAGGAGGCGAAGGAGGAGGCAGAAGCGGCUGAGCAGGACCGCGUCGAUAUUUCUGGCUUCAAGUUCGCCCUUAACCCGGAUGUGUUCUCUGGCCAAGUGCCCCAGACGGACGAGGAUAAGGAGGAGUGGGCCAAAGAUGAGGCCGAAGUGAGGGCUGCUUGCAACCACCUGUCCACAGAGGUUAUCCCUCGGUUGAUCCAGGAGCUCAAGGAGGGUGAGGUGGGCUUCCCUAUGGACGGUCAAUCCCUUAGCACCUUGCUUCACAAGCGUGGUGUCAACAUCCGCUACCUUGGCAAGAUUGCUGAGCUUGCUGAUAAGGAAGACCCCCGCUUGCAGGCACUCAAGCGCCUGGUAAUCCAGGAGAUGAUCGCCCGCGGCUUCAAACACUUCGCGAACCCGAAGCUGCGCAACACUGCUCCUCCCUUCGCCGGCGCUGCAAUUGCACAUAUGCUGAACUGCCUCCUGGGCGGCGAUGUCAAUCCCAAGCCCGUGGCCGAGACUGACUCCGCGUUGAAGGCAAUGUACCCCGAGGCCGACUUCAGUUUCGAGAAGCUUACUCCUGAGAGUUUGAAGGCUGAGGUUACUGAACAGGUUGCUCUGAGGUAUCGUUAUGACCUUGGACAAUCUUGGGUGGAGCCGGGCAAGCAGCUCCAGCUCCUCCGCGAAGUCUCGCUCAAGUUGGGUCUUCAGCUUGAGUCAAAGGAGUACGUGUACACGAAGGAAGCGGCCGCUGCCAGCACCAAUGGCGCCCAGGCAGAGGCACCGGCCACUAACGGACAGGCUACCACGUCCGGCAAGAAGAAGAAGAGGAGCAAGGAUAACUCCCCGGCGCGGGUCACGAGCCCUGCUCCUGUCCGCCCUAUUCAGACUUUCCACGCUGAUGAUAUAAUCAACAUCGUUCCUAUAGUGAAGGAGGCUUCCCCCAAGAGCUUACUGGCCGAGGAAGCGCUCGAGGCUGGACGCAUGUCCAUCGCUCAGGACAACAAGGAGCUCGGCCAGGAACUUCUUCUGGAGUCGCUGUCUCUCCAUGAGCAGAUCUACGGCGUGCUCCAUCCCGAGGUUGCCCGCGUGUACCACGCUCUCUCCAACCUGCUCUUCAACCUCGAAGACAAGAACGCUGCGGUUGAACUUGCCCACAAGGCCGUCAUUGUGUCCGAGAGGACUCUCGGUGUGGAUCAUGCCGAUACGCUGCUCAACUAUCUGAACCUUGGUCUGUUCGAGCACGCCAACGGUAACACCAAGGAUGCUCUCGUCUAUGUCCGCCACGCCCUCGAGUUGUGGAAGAUCAUCUAUGGCCCUGAUCACCCUGAUUCCAUCACCACAAUCAACAACGCUGCCGUGAUGUUGCAAUCCAUGAAGCAGUACCACGAAUCGCGCAUCUGGUUCGAAGCGUCGCUCGCCAUCUGCGAAGAGGUGUCCGGCAAGAAUUCCAUCAACACUGCCACUCUCCUCUUCCAGACUUCACAGGCACUCGCCCUGGAUAAGGACAUUCGCGGCGCGGUCAAUAAGAUGCGCGACUCGUACAACAUCUUCAAGAAUAUCCUAGGCCCCGAGGACCGCAACACCAAGGAGGCGGAGAACUGGCUGGAGCAGCUCACUCAGAGCGCCGUCAGCCAGGCCAAGCAGCUCCAGGACCUGGCCAAGGGAAGGCUCCAGCGCGUGCGCCUGACGACGGGUCGUGCGGGCGGUCUCCGGCCGCAGGCCAGCGUUGGCCAGACGGUUGGCGAGACAACGGCGACGGCGCCGACGAGGCCGCGCAGCGGGACGGAUAAGCGGACGGUGGAGGAGUUGGUGCGGUACAUUGAGGGAGGAGAUACGCCGAAGAAGACGACCAAGAAGCGAACGACGAAUCCGAAGAGGAGGGCUCAGAAGGGUGCCGGCGCGCCAUCCUCGUCGUAA